AUGUGGGUAUCUGAGUUCAAUAUAAUUCUGAAAACCUGGUUCUGACAGUAAUGUUCUCAGACAUGACGGACACCAAUUAUUUAUUUAUUGAAAGGAAUUUCAAUUGGCAAAUCUUUAUAUAGUGUAUUCUAAGUAUAGUAACGUUCUUGCAUGUGUAAUAGUUUGCUAAGAGAUGGCAAUGAUGCUAUUGAUGUCGGUGCGGAGCAAUCAGUAGACGACCAUACUGGCGUUUUGCUCGAGAAAUGGCCGAAUAGCCGACUGUGAUAUUGAACAUUGGUGGAUAUUUUGGAUAAAUAUGGUUAUUAUUAUUUUGGCAGGUUUAUCGAAUAAACGCUGCUGGGAUCGUGGGCGCGUACAGGUUCGAUGGUCGCGGAAUUGCAGCAUUACAUGUGGUGGAGGACUCCCUUGUUGGUGCUGGGUGGGAUUAUGACCGAAUUAGGUUCGUAAAGUGGAGUUUGAACGAGGUAUUGAAGACUAGUUUUAUUGAAGACGGGCCAUACUACGAAGGACGACGUAUUAACAAUGCUUCCAACCAUACGGCCACUACCGGUAAAUGAUUAUUUAUUAUUAUUUAUUUAAUUUCCAUUUCACAGUGUGUGGUCGAGGAUUAGCUCAAAGGUUGACGAAGGAGGAAAACCGGACUUCCCGGCGAAAAACCUCCUAAGCAUAGCCUUGUUCGUCUCGUCCUUGCCAACAUGCAGUACGCGCAUGCAUUCAUUGCGACUUCUGUAUACAGGCCUAGGUACGAGGCUGUUUGAAGCACAGUAGAACACGACCACAGGGAAGUUACCAAACCGAAGGAAAUAUCAUACGAAUUUACUCUUCCCUCGACCUGCAAUAGUUGCAGGCCUAAUUCAGCGGUAAGAGGCAACACCCUAACCGUAUCUUUCACCCGCGUGGCCCUUUCAAGGCCAUGUUACACAAGGCGAUUUCCGCUACAACUUGCAACGCAAUUUCGGACAUAGGGUCAUGUUAUCGAAAAAGGAGUCGCAUGAAAAUUGUGCGCAUGAACCACGGAUUAUUACUCUGUCGACAUUUUUAAUCAUAUUUCUUUCAUUUUUCAUCCCUUAAAAGUAUGUUAUGUAAAGAAAGUGUCGACAGACUAGAAUCCGGGCCAUGUUCACAAUUUCUGUGACAACUUUUUAGAUAACACGGCUAUAUAAUAUCCAAAAUUGCAUUUCAAGUUGCAGCAAAAAUAUAAUCGCCUCGUGUAAACAUCCCCUCUAUGGAUAUUAUUACAAUUUUAAAUUACACUUUUAGUUGGUGAUUCCUUGCUGAUUUGGAACUUUCAAACUGGAGCGACACUCUGUAAAGUUCUUGGUCACACACAAUAUCCCAGCCCAUUUUUUAGGAUCUCAGCGUUGGCAUUUGUGCCAGGAGGUGAAUUUAUUUUGACAGGCCAGCGGAUUUAUAAUACGCUGAAAUUGUGGAAUCUACGCAAUGGACGGUUUGUUGAAGAGUUUCAUUUCGACCAGCGUGUGGAAGCUAUAGCAUGCGCCUCAAAUGGGAUCGUUUGUGUCGGCCUAAAUGAUGGUCAGGUCUGCUUUCUGCGUUUCAAUAAUUUAUCCUCUCAAUCAGGACAACUUGACCUAUAAGGUUCAAGACUUGGGACAGGGGGAGAGGGUCAAAACAAAUAUAGGGUGCAUAAAAAGGCAUGUUAGAUAUUGAGUUUAUCGAUAAUCUUUUCACUGAAACAAGGUUCAGGCAUUUAACUUUCUAAUGUACCUUUUUAUAUCAUUAUAAAGAAAAAUGACCGAAUACGAAUCGUAUAAAAAUUGCCGGUCGAAAUCACAUUUUCCCACCGUUAGGAAUUGGUGCAAAACUAUUCCCGUUUGGAUUGAGAUUUAUGAAUUUAAUUUAAAAAGCCCUAAAUAUGGUGCGAUAAAAUUAAAUAAUUGUUGAUAAAUUGGUCACUUCUGUUUUAAACUUAUUGUUUGGCAAGACACAUUAGUCAGAUUAUUUGCUUCUUCUUUUGUUAUGGCUGCUUUAAUUAAGUUGGAAAAAUUUUGACCGACAAUUUUUAAUCGGCUUGUAUUUGGUCAUUUGUGCUUGGAAUGAAAUAAGAAAGGCCUCAUUCAAUAAGAUAAAACCCUAAUCUUUAUUAAAAUGAAAAAAUAGAUAUUUGCACUCAAUAUUGAGCGCGCAAGAGCACGCUAAAGUUGGAUUGCCUUUUUCUUGAUACACCCUGUGCAUAUAGAUUGCGACAUAGCUCGACAUAGCUAUGUCGCAACAUCCUACGGGGGGUCCGGGGGCAUGCUCUCCCCUGAGAAGUUUUGAAUUUCAAGGUCGGGGUGGAAAUGGAAUAUUGAAUACUAAGUUAAAAACUA